UUUCUCUCGGAACGGAGACGGACUCGAAGUGAAAAGGCCGGGAGGCACCCAACACGCUAGCUUCAACUGUACCCUGCUUCUCUGCUCCUUCACUCUUUAAUGGAGUUUACAGCUUCUUCUUCUUCUUCUUCGUCUUCUAGGGUCUUGAAUAGCAUCAGCCACUUCUCAUGUUUAACAACACCCAGACUCCAAAAAUCAAGUUUAUUUAAUCCUUCAAAUGUUUCUCUUCGCCUGUCAGCACCAUUUUUUCGUGGAGAUAUCUCUUGCAAAUCUUCUCUCAAAGACAGUGCUUCCUUUAUUCCUAAGAUGGCUACCCGUGAUUUUGAGCUUUCAAAUUUGACAGCUUUGUCGCCUUUGGACGGACGGUAUUGGGGUAAAGUGCAGGACUUGUCCCCUCAUUUGAGUGAAUACGGCCUAAUUUAUUAUCGGGUUCUAGUCGAGGUUAAAUGGUUGCUGAAACUCUCACAAAUUCCUGAAGUCACUGAGGUUCCCAACUUUAGUGAAGAAGCUCAGAUUUAUUUGCAAGAAUUGAUUGAUGGGUUUAGCAUGGAUGAUGCCUUGGAGGUUAAAAAUAUUGAGAAAGUCACAAACCAUGAUGUAAAAGCAGUGGAAUACUUCUUGAAAAAGAAAUGCCAAUCACAUCCAGAGAUUGCUAAGGUGCUCGAAUUUUUCCAUUUUGCUUGCACAUCUGAGGAUAUUAACAAUUUGGCCCAUGCAUUAAUGCUUAAAGAAUCAAUGAACAAGGUCAUGUUUCCUGUAAUGGAUGAAUUGAUCACAGCAUUAUGCAACAUGGCUGAAGAUCAUGCUUCCAUUCCAAUGCUUUCCCGCACUCAUGGACAGCCAGCUUCACCUACGACUUUGGGAAAGGAAAUGGCAGUUUUUGCUGCCAGGUUAAGCGAACAAAGGCAGGAAAUUUCUCAAGUUAAGAUAAAGGGGAAGUUUGCUGGUGCAGUUGGAAAUUACAAUGCACACAUUGUUGCAUAUCCUGCUAUCGAUUGGCCCCUAAUUGCCAAAGAGUUUGUGGAAUCUCUGGGAUUGUGUUUUAAUCCCUAUGUUACUCAGAUUGAACCACAUGAUUAUAUGGCAAGACUUUUUCAUGCAAUUAUGAUAUUUAACACUAUAUUAAUUGACUUUGAUAGAGAUAUAUGGGGCUAUAUAUCCUUAGCAUACUUUAAGCAGAUAACUAAGGCUGGUGAGAUUGGUUCCUCAACAAUGCCUCACAAAGUAAAUCCUAUUGAUUUUGAAAAUAGUGAAGGUAAUCUUGGUAAAGCCAAUGGAAGUUUAUCUCAUCUCAGUGAGAAGUUACCUAUUUCACGUUGGCAGCGUGACUUGACUGAUUCAACUGUUUUAAGGAAUGUGGGUGAGGGCUUGGGACAUUCUCUUCUUGCCUACAAAAGUGCAUUGCAGGGAAUGGGGAAGCUUCAGGUGAAUGAAAAUCGUUUGAGUGAAGAUCUGAACCAAUCAUGGGAAGUGCUUGCUGAGCCAAUACAGACAGUAAUGCGACGAUAUGGUGUUCCUGAGCCUUAUGAGAAGCUAAAAGAGCUAACCAGAGGAAGAGCUGUUACUAAAGGGAGUAUAAGAGAAUUUAUUGAAGGCUUGGCAUUGCCAAAAGAAGCAAAAUCCUAUCUUUUGGAGUUGACACCCCAUACCUAUGUCGGAGCAGCUAUUGAAUUGGGUAAAUCUGUGAAUGUUACAAUGAAUUUAAUAAAUGGGGUGAGAGCUAUAUAAACUGAUACUGGAAAGUUGCCCAAGAUAAUCAACACAUAUGAUGGCCAUAUUUAGGAUAAGAUCGAAUACCAGGCUGCUACAUGGAUCAUGACCAGGUACAAUGUGGUAUUUAGUAUGCUUAAAUUGGGGAGGGGAAAAAGGAUGUCAGAUUUCCUGCUUAAAGAGUGUUAUUUUGUUAGUGAAAGUGAAUUUGUCUCUCAUAUCAUAUAUUACCAUGCUAGGGAGCUAUUUUCCCCUGUUAUCCCUCUAAAUAGGGUCCUGUAAGGGAGUAAUUUCAAGGAGUUUUACCUUGAAACAGUUUUAUAAGAAAUAGUAGCACUCAAACGGUGACCCUCAGAAGAAUGAGGGAUGAAGUUUUGUAAUGGUAUUUAUUAUAUUGAGCUUAUAAUCGAUUCUCGGGUUUGAUUUGCCGUUUCA